UUGAAGAGAACCAUUUCUAUACCGCGAACCAGCAACCCACUGUUUUACGCGAGAAGACUACGUUGAAGCUUGAUUAAUCCGAAGUUUAUCGUUGAACAACCGUGAUUCCGUGACAACACAGUGGAAAAGUGAAGGUAUCAAGGAGCUCACAGUCCUAGCCAAGUUCACGAGUGAACGUAUUUUCAAUUUUGGUGCGAUGGAAUUGCAGGAGAUGUUUCGCUAUGGAUACAUGUUCCCGCCUAGAGAAGACGAUGUCGUAUCCUGCACGUAUCUGGACUUACCGAGUUAUUCCUAUUCGAAGAACAAAACCGAUCUCCCUCCGGUAAGCACAAUCACGGUACCCCAGUGCAUCGUCUACGAUGGUAAUCACAGUGACGGCUGGCACACGCCAAGUCCAACCGCAAGUCUGCGAUCGGUUAGUCCUGUUACGACCCUAUCCAUAUCAUCCGAACCCGAUACGAUAAGCACCUCAGUUACUUAUCGCCUGCUAGGCUCUGCGGAGGACUUGAACAAAAGGUACACCGCGAAGAGGAAUCAGAUGAGUACCGAAACGAAGCACGGUAUGAACAUGGUGGAUCUGACAGAGGAAGUAAACAGCAUGGACGCGGAUACCGAUGGGACCGGCGACGUCGAAACGGAAACGGAACACGAGAAGGCGCAGUCGUGUCGAGGCAGUGUCAUCAGCAAUUCCAGUAGUUUCUCGGACAGAAUCGUCGACGCUGACAGCGAGGACGACGCUGAAAUGAGCGACAGUCCAGAUCAUGUUGGUUCUGGAAUGCAUGGGACCGGCAAUGCGGUCAGAAGAAGAGGUAAAUACGUUAACUCGACGAUCGUUAGGAAACGCAGACUGGCGGCGAACGCCAGGGAACGAAGAAGAAUGCAGAAUUUGAACAAAGCGUUCGAUAGAUUGAGAGCUUAUCUUCCCUCUUUGGGCAACGAUAGACAACUGUCCAAGUACGAAACUCUUCAAAUGGCACAGUCUUAUAUCACCGCGUUGUACGAUUUGUUACAAUGAGAAUUAUUUUCGUACGAAAAAUAUAUUUUUGUCACUAUAGAAAGAUUUGCAGAGACGGAAGUGAGAUUAAUGAAAGAUGUAAAGACGUUAGUGAAAUUAAUGAAAAAGGUAUUUUUGUUUGUGCAGAGAGAAUUUUUCGUUGAACGUAUCGAUAAUCUGCGAUUAAUAUUGUUUAUGGAAUGUUGUGUUUGCGACCGAACGUAUUACUUAGUUGCAGAUAUUAGUUAUACAGAAAUAUGCUUUCAUUCCAAACAAGUUGCUUUUACCGUUAGCUUGUCUUUUCCUAUCUUCUUUAUUUAAACAUAAUUACCUUGUAUUAUUAUCGAAGUAAUAUUUAUCGUACGAUGUGAUACAGAAACAAUCUUGAACUAAUGUAUUUACGAGAUGCUUGUAAAUAAUAGGAACUUUGUAAAUUUUGUAAAAUAGUAGUAUUGUAACUAGUAAGUUUUUAAUGUAACGUUGUAUUAUAAGAUGAAUGAAGUCAGGUACCUAUAAUUUAUUAAUGCGCUCUUCUUUGAGA